AUGAAAUAUAUUGAUUACAACCCAGGCGAAUUGAAACGAGUUAUUAUUCAUGAAUUAGGACAUACAUUCGGCUUCGAUUAUCGGUUGUUUCCUUACCUACGUCAUGAUGAUGGUAGUCCUAGAACAAUGCGUAACCAACAUACUGGUGAACCGGAAUUGCCAACAAAUGCCAACGAAGGAUUAAAAGCUGAUCGAAAUACUAUAAAAUACGUAUCCAGGACAUGGCAUACAGUCUCCGGUGAGAACACGUACAAGAGAGUCGCAUUAACAUUACCAAGUGUAGUCAACUUUGCAAGAAAUCAUUUUCGAUGCAAUGAGCUUGAUGCGGUUGAUCUAGAAUCCGAUGGUGGCGAUGGAAAUAAACAUUCACACUUCGAACGACGUCUGUCUAUUGUGAAGUGUAGUCUUGAAUUCAAACAUCUAGUUUACUUCCGUGGUGAUUGGCGUGAAUGUCCAAGAGACGGUGGUAUUAUGGAAAUAGCUGAAGAUAUAACUAGACAUGAUUGGAUCCAAUGUCCACGUUUUCAUGAUGUAUGCUCUGUUGAAAAAAUACGAGAAAGAAACAAAAGGAGAGAGAAAGAACAAAAUCUUAUUGCGCAAUCGUAA